AUGAAUGAGAAUAUGGAGGAAGGCAAUCCUUUCACCAAGGCCCAAACUGUUCAUCCAGAAGUUAGAGCUUAUGUUUACAGUCUUGUCAACGCUCUUGGUGGAAGCAGCACCGAUGACGACGGCCGCUACGUGCUCGGUGACGAUGCCCUUGCCUGCUUGCGCGACCUAAAACGCUGGCUCAAGUUCUACGACGAGAAGAACAAUCGCUUGGAUGUGGCACGAUGUCUCGCGGAAGCCCAUCUUGUGGGAGGAGAUCUCAUACCAAUCCUUGCCUCGUGGCCUGAGGAUGGUAAGGACAACAAGUUGAAGGCAAGAGUGGCAUUGGCGUGUCUGGAAUUGCUGGUACCGUUGACAUGGCCCUUGGAAACAGGAGGAGAAAUGACUUCGAAUCACCAUCGCCAUACCCCAUAUCUUCAGCAGGCUCAGGUGUUGUACAAGGCUGGGGUUCUCGGAUGUGAUACUAGCAGUAUCCUCCGACAGGUCGUGCGUAUCGGCCUACCCUCAAUUGCUAUCGCGAGAGCCGAUAGGACGGCUCGAGAUGAAGGUAUCCUCAAACUCAUGCUCUAUUUCUUCCGGAAUCUAGCAGUUAUACAGCAGCUCCCGAAUCUACCAAGUCAGGGCCUCGAUUCAGAAGUCUCUCGCUCUGCAACGAUAGAGGCAUUUCGAGAUCAGGACGUGUUUGCCCUUCUUUUGACGAUCUGUUCGAAUAUGGGCGAAGACUUCAACCUUCAGGACGUCAUUGUGCUAGAUAUCAUCUUCAACCUCAUCAAAGGUGUCGAUCCGAAGCGAUUAUGGAUGACAGAGCAAGAGCGAAAAGGCCACGGAAUCACUGAGCUUGGAGCAGCGUUAGCGCUUGAAGACAGCCAAACCAGAGACGCCAAACGACACCAAUGGAGUCGACAUGGCCGGUUUGGAACCAUGAUCUGGGUUAAGCGUGAGGACCAAAAGAUGUCUGCUGUUUCUGGCCAGGACAAUCUCAAGAAUGACCAGCAAGCGUUCUUCAAUAUGGACAAAUCAAAGAAGUGGAAUAAACCACAACAGAAGCGCAAAGAUAUUGAACACACUAUCCACGAUUUCGACCAUACCGCGCGACUCACUGACUCAGCUGCCGAGAAGCUACGCAACUUUGUGGAGGAAUUUCUAGAUUCCGGUUUCAAUCCAUUCUUCACUCAUCUUAGGAAAGCUAUCGAGAGGGAAGCAGAACGCCUAGCAGAAGUCAACUACCGCCAAUUCUUCUACUCUGUGGCAUGGUUCCUUGAUGCGGAGAGAAACCGGAGAGCGAGAGAGAAGAAGGAAAACAAGCUUGACAAGGUCCGCACAGAUUUUGAAGAUGAGAGCUAUUCCCUCGUAGCAGCUGUGCUGAAUCAGGAAACAUUCAUCAUGCUGAAUCGCUUCAUGCAACUCUCUUUGGACAACAAAGAAGCACAGGAUCUGAACGCAAGCAUGCGCUGCUUUACCCAAAUUCUUCUAACUGUCCAAGAAAUGGCGCAAAGUCCAAUCGAAGAGGACCAGGAGAUCGCGGACAACAUCCAGAACCGAAUAUUCUACGAAGAGACCACACACGACAGGAUUGUCAGGAUCUUGAGAGAGUACAAGGAUCAAGGAUUCGGAUACUUGGACGCCUGCACUGAGCUAUCUCACGUUUUCUUGCGGAUGUUGGAGAGGUAUUCUAAGGAAAAUGUCGACCUACAGAUACGAUCCAGACGCAGGGCCAAAAAGAGACACAAAGAGGUUCAAAGACAAGCGGCUCAACCUGGGGCAGAUCCCAGUGCGGAGGACGAAGAGUCAGAAAAUGAAGAUAUUGCAGACGUGGUUCAAGUCGCCAAAGAACGCAAGUUUGACUUCCAUCGGUUCGCGGCGAAAUUCUCCACCCAAGCAUCAGUCAACACCUUCGUUGCUUUGACGGCGUUCUAUAAAGAUCUCGGCACAGAACAACUCAAGAGGGCGCACCGUUUCUUCUACCGAGUAGCCUUCAAGCAGGAUAUGGGUAUACUGCUCUAUCGUGUCGACAUCAUUGCGCUAUUCUACAAGAUGAUGAAUGGUCCUGAUGGUCUUGAGUCAAAGCAUCCUAUGUUCAAGGAAUGGUCUGAAUUCACGAAGCAGUUAUUCAGAAAGAUGUUCAAGAAAAUUGACCAGCGACCCGAACUAAUUAUCGAGCUGCUCUUUAGCAAAAUAAGCUCGACGCUACAUUAUCUGGAGUUCGGGCAAGAGAAGCAGACAAUCUCGGCAACUCGCGCACCUCCAGAACUAGAGAUCAGACCUGCACAGGGGAGAGGUGUCCAAGAGCAGAUCGGAAUCGUUGUGACUGUCUUGCUGAAAGACGGGAAAGAUGAGCUCAUUCAAUGGACCAAACAUGUGCUUGGAAAAGCACACGACGAGAGACAUGCCUGGGAAGCAGAAGCAGAAGCCCGCAAAGGAGCGCCCACCGAAGUAGCUGAGGAGCAGCCUGGGCCUCCGUCUGAGAAAGACAACAUCGGCCAGCCACCGGGCAUCACUAUCCAGGCGGCCUCCGAGGAUAUCAAAACAGCCAUGUUCAAGAAUGCACGGCUAAGAUUGUUAAUGACUCUGGUCGGCUUUGAACGACUAGGUGAUGAAGAUGUGCUCGGUGCAACGUGGAUUGUACCUUCGAGUGUAAGCUCGCAUGAUUUAGCAGAGUCAAAAAAGGCUAUUCAACAUUACGAGCAAACGCCAUGGCAGGCAGAAAACGCACAUGAGGAUGCCGAGGACAUGAUACGCAGGAAACCCAAGGCUAGGAAAAGCAACGAAGAUGAAGAGGAUGCUCCCCGGGAUGCCUUUAUUGACGAUUCGGAAGGCGACGAAGAAUUUUUGUUCCCCGACAAUCCUCGCAAGAAGAGGUCCAAAGAUAUUCUAAAAGAGCUCAAGGCGCGUCGGAAAAGAAAGCGAGGGUCAGAUGACGAUGACAACGUGGACGAGCUCGAUGAAGAAGCUGCAGCACGGAGAAGAGCUGCUCGUGAAGCCGCUGCAAGGGAACGGCGGCUCAAGAUCAAGAGCGAGGCAUACAUCAGGGAUAGUGAUGACGAAAGCGACGCGGAGAGGGACAGGCUCUUUUUCGAGCGAGAGGAGGAGUUGCGCAAGAAGACGGCGGAAGAUCAUAUUCGCAAACAAGCGGCGUACGUCAAUGAGCAAUCUACCAAAUCCAAAGGCAAAGGGAAGCGCAAAGGCACGAAGCCUGCGUUGCCACAAACCCAAGAGACCACACAAGAGAGCGACGAUGACAUAUUGAUGGGUGGUAGGGACGACGAACCCAAUGAGACUGCAUCUUCCCAGCCUCAGGGGAGGUCUGAUACCGAGGCUGAAAGCGAAGAAGAAACGCCAUUCUCAUCGCAGAGCUCUGCCACAGUCAGAGAUGUCCGGCACCAAAAGAGCGUACUGCGGGAGAUGUCCCAGCCAAGGGUAGCUUCAAGAGGUGCAUCGGGAAAGAAUGGUGGAGGUGGACUAGAUGAUGGAAGCGAUGGUGACGAGGACAUCGUCCCGAUUGUAAGACAACAGCGGGUUAGAGGUGGUUUUGUUAUAGACAGCGACGACGAUGAGUAG